GUCUCGCCCAGACCAGCAGAACUGGGAUUCUUCUCCCCAUUUUCCUUCGGUAUGUUUGUUGCUUCUUCUUUGUCUUCGAUUUGAUUCGUUUCUCCGGGGUUGAAAUGAGGAUAAAUCCAUCCAUAACCAAAUCUCUGCAUCUACAGAUGAUGAGAAACAACAUGCACUACCAUCUGAUCUCACCUGGGAUUCUUCUCCCCAUUUUCCUCCGCUCUUCUUGUUGCUUUGUCUUUCUGUUUCGAGGCGGUUCUCCGGGGGAUUGAAAUGAGGAUAAACCAAUCCAUAACCAAAUCUCUGCAUCUACAGAUGAUGAGAAACAACAUGCACUACCAUCUGAUCUCACCCCCUCCGCCUCCUUCUCUUUUUUCUUGAUUUCCUUUUGUUUCUUUUCUCAAGUUUUUCGUUUGGUUGCAAUCGGUGAUGUAAUCGUUUAAUUAUGCUGAGUUCCUCUGUGAUUAUCUCAACAACAAUCACCAUCUUUCGACUGAGAUUGCAUCUAUUUUCUUGUCCUCCGAUCUAGUUUUGGAAAAUCCCCGUCUUUCUUUGAUUUGCUUACCUAGGAUCUGUGAUUUGAUUGUUACGGUAGGACGAAUGCCAUGAGGUAUCUGAUGCUUGGUCUCUUUCAAUGGCCUUGUUUCUCGUUAGAUUGGCAGAGAGCGAGAAGGAAACGGGUUUUUGCGACACUGGCUGCUCCCGUACCAGGAGCUUCCUGUUACUAUACCCCCGUUUACAUUCACUCAUUUUUGUAAAUUGUUUGUGCUUUGUUCUCGGUGAUGAUCAACACUGAUUAGAUGUCCGAUACAAUCCAUUCCUUAAACCAUGGGGACAAUACGAGGCAUUUGUCUGAGAGAACGUCCCUUGUUCAUCGCUUUUUUUCUUUCAAGCUGCUCUGUUUUUGCAUCUUCCCCUGUUUUUCGUAGCUCUUGGUUCUCUGUGAUGAUGAAAACAGAUGACGAGUCUGACGUAAUCCAUUCUAUUAAACCGUGUGGACAAUCGAGGCAUUUGUCUGAGGGAACAUUUGCUUAAGUCAGAUCCUUUGCUUGCGUUUCUCUUUCACUAUUUUGGUAAGAUUUGUGUUGCUGGCAUGAUGAGGAAUACAAUUGUUGUCCGAUCUAUUUGAUGAUAAAAUCCUCCUACUCAUUCUGAAUGUCAAGUUGCCGCAAAUAUGGUUUUCUUUUGUUUCACCGGUGCUGAUGAUUUUCUGCUAACAAUGUUUUGUGUGUGAUCUGGACCAAGCAAGAUAUGUUUCAUGCCAAAAACCUAACAUGGUCGUAUUUUUAAUAAUGAAAUAAAAUGUUCCGGCUUCACCCGAGGAUGAAGGUAGUAGAACAAAAGAGGAGCCGCAUCUUUUCCUGUAAGUAAAAUUUGCAGUUACUGAUCCAGCAGAACGACGAUAAUAGAAGGGGAAUGAAACCAAAACGCGGUUCUAAGUACCUUUCGCCCAGAACGUGCAAUGGAGCAAAAGGGAACAUCACUGGCCAGAUUGUAAAGACAUCAGUAGCCAGAUUUCCUCAGCAUCAAUUCCAUGAAUUAAGACAGGGCAGCAACAGUGAAUCACACUGGUGCUGGAGAUGGACCUUAAACCUUGUCAACUUCAAAUUGGAUUUCAACAAACUGGACAAUUUUCAUGUGAUCGUGGCCACCCUGGCGCUGGAGAUCGAGGAGCACAUUCCGCAUCAGCACGACGUCACCCUCAUCGCCGCCGACCGCUCGCACUCCACCACCCCAGUGGCGGUCGGCAGGGUGAUCUUUGAGCAGCUCUCCAUCGGCCCGCACCAGUUGCGCUUCAUGGCCUCGAAGCCUUCCCCGUCCACUUCGACCUUCCCGCUCAUUGGGACAAUGUCGUGCGGCGUGCAGGUCGACAGCUGCAAGUACUUCAUCAGGGCGUGGAACGAAGAUGACCACGCCGCAAUCCUCAAGUUCAAUCACCAUGUGCGCGUGGUGAUUGAAGACCUGCUCAUCCAGUUCUGGUCUCUGCUGGGUGCCGAGAAGGCCCUCGAAGACAUCGGCCGCAUCGAUCGGCUGAACUCGCGCACUUUGGAGAGGGGCCAUACCAAGACCUUUGCGUGCUGGCUCUGGGUUUGGGAUGUAGCCCACAUCUCGACCAGGCGUGCCCUUUGUGUGAUGAAGUGCGGCAUUGGCCGCUUUGAUGAGAUCGUUGGCAUCGCCCUUGACGACCGCCGCGCCCCUCUGCCGCCUGGUGCCCGCCGCUACGACAUGCUGAUCCACGCCGACUUGCUCGAGGACUAGUCGCCCCUCUCGCCGCGCUCCUCCCACUCGGGGCAGAGCGGCCUGCCCUCCUAGGAGGACAGCGAUGACCACCCUCUCCCUUGCAUCGAGUCGGGCACUUGGGUCACCCGCGUGGAGGACAGACUGGGCAGGGCGUGCAGCUCCGUGCCACGUGUUGGCCCGGCAGGCUGCGGCCUGGUCCUGGGCGGCGCUGGUUGCGAGUGGUGGCCCGAGCCGGUCCUGGAGACCGUCUGCUUGGGCACGACUGUCAUGCCAGGGGCAGCGGCGAGGACGUUGUCAACAGCGUGCAUCGCCAGCGCAGCCGCACCUCGGUCGGAAGGCGUCGCUCAGUUGGCUGUUGGGAGGAAGGGAAGAACUCCAGCACCAAUGUUCUGCGCGCCACCCCGCCUCAGCCCCUUCGCCCGGUGCAGGCUGCGCCGGUGGAGGACCCGGUGGCCCAGUUCUUCUCCUUCUCCGACUCGGGGCGCGCCCUCUCGCCGGCUAGGGUUCUUGAGCUCCAAUCAGGACUUCACUUCUGGAUCACUACGAUCUAUGGACCAACAGAUGACGCACAGAAAGAUAACUUGGCUGAAAUUGCCGCGGCAGCUCCCCCUAUGGCUAAGCCCUGGAUGAUCAAUGCCAAUAUAAACAUAAGGAUGAUUGGAAAGUUUCGAAGGGCCAUCGAUCAAGUGGGAUUGAGAGAGAUAAAAUGCAAAAACCGCCGUUUCACAUGGAGCAACGAAAGAGAAGUCCCAACCCUCUACAGCA